AUGGACGGAUACCCAGUUGGAAGCCUGGAUCACAACAUCCCGCACAUCGUUGUCGCGGGCCUGACGUCGGAUCCCACACGAGACCUGCCUUUGAACGCAGAGCUUCGAGACCAGGCCCUCCUCCUUCGGUCAGAACUACCGAGCGUAGAAAGCCAGGAUGCCGAGGCUUUGAUAGAGUAUAUCGUGCGCCAGGAUGGAAGAAACCACCCUUGGAACGGGAGGGACAGCGGGAAACCGUACAAGCUGCGGGUCACCGUGGCUGGUCGAUCUCUUGUCCUUCCUCCCCGUCGCGCCAGGCUUCCAGAGGGCAUCGAGGCUCCUGAGACACCCGCCGUCUUGCACUCACCCUUUUCACCCCUCAGUCCGGUAUCACCUCUGUAUCCCGACGGCUUGAUGAAUACGGAUUGGCUCCAGAAGCAUGAGGACUUGGUUCCCAGCGUCUAUGUGUCGUUUUACACCUUGACAGCCGAUCCCACACUUGCGACGCUUCACGACAACCAGCUCAAGAUCGACAUCAACAACACCAAGGCUGCCCUCAGCAGGUCGGGCUAUAGAACGCGCUAUGUCGUGGUUCUCCUAAGCGAUGGUACGGUGUCCUCUUCUAUGCAAGAGUUUAUGCAGGAGCGCCUCGACAACAUUAGAAGGGGCGUUGCUAUGGACACAAAGUCGUUCUUCUACUUGUCACCCCAUGACCUGUCGGAAGACUUGGAGCACGCAGCGGACUCCAUGCUGGCGGCCGUGUUUCUUCAAGCUAUAGAGUACUACCGCGAUCUCGGGCGUCACGCUAGGAAGAAGCGCAGCCGAGGUGUCGCUCCGCAGCCCACAGUGCCGCCCACAAACACGUCACAAACACUCACGGUGCAGGACUGGAACGUGCGAUACGACUACAAGGCGGGUAUCUUCGCCGAAUUCCGACAAGAAAUGGAUGCGGCGCUACGCUCAUAUGACCAAGCCUAUGAAGGACUCCUCAGCCAAGAUGUCAUGGACAUCAUUCCGAGCUGGAGUCCAAGAUGGAACGAAGCGCGGAUGCUGGCCGAUGUCAUCGCGAUACGCAGCAUACGAUGCUUGCUCUGGGGCGGGCAGACAACCGCUGCGGUGCGAAGAUGGCAAAUCCACCGUGACAGAAUAGCCGAUUUCAUCGACAGACGUGGCCGAGGCACCAACAACUACGGCUGGGCCGCAUGGGAAUCAAGGUGGGCCGUGGUCAUGGCCAACUUGAUCGAAAGGGUGGAUGUCCGCAGCCUAGCGCCAUCGACGCGAGCUCUAUUCCUCCAGCCAGAGAAGGCUGCCAUGAGCGAGCGACUGCAGCCCUGGGAGCUGCUGCAUCACACGGGAUACUGGUACCGCAUUGCUGCUGAACAUCUGGCUGCUCGGCGGGCCCUUGCUCGGUCCAUCCCAGAGGCAGACCGGCGCUCGCCAGAUACCACCCCGGCAUCGGCUGUUGCCAGCAGGGCCUUUCAAUACGACACUUACAUGUGCCCAGACCCCCAUGAAGAGUUUCCUAUUCAGGGGAUGGGCGUAAAUCACUCCCAACUUAUCAUAGACUGCUUAAUGGCAGCUAGAUCACAGUUCCAGGCGCGGCGACAGCUUCGGUUGUCGGCCGAAUUGUCGCUGGAAUGUGCUAAGGAAAUGGUCAAUCUGAAGGCGUGGGACGGCAUAGUCGCGUUGUUGCGGCCGCUAUGGGAGGACAUGUCGUUUAGAACAGAGGGCUGGCUGAACAUCACCGAAGAUCUGAGCUGGGUGCUACGCGCUGCAGCCGCCCAUGCUGGUCAGGGAGAGCUUGUAGUUGCCAUUGACUGGGAGCUGCUGAACAGGAAGUUCACGCGGCGGCCCAAGUGGCAUUAUGACAUCUCCAGAUCCCUAGAGGGUCUAAAACUCGAUUCGAAGCCAACUGUGACGAUAAACGACCACGUCAUCUCUUCCUUCAUCUCCGCCUCCUUCAUCUUCAAGACCGAAGACGGUAAAGCGGGCGAGACUUGCCAGGCACAACUUGCGAUUAAAUCAGACGCCUUCCCAGACGCGACAACAGUAACUCUCAAGGGCUUGAAGAUUGAUUUUGAAGGCAGCCUCAAGACCAUCACUCUAGACCACGAAGCAGACUCUAUAACUGGCGCAGAAAAGGGCAAUGUGAUGCUAUCAAACGUGCCUCUGUCCGAGACAGCUCGAUCAGACGCAGGAGAAGGCGAGGAAGGUCCAUCAGGGCUCAGCGGAUCUGCAAACUUGUCGGUGAGGCCGGGUCGCACAAAUGUCUACGAAAUGGCGAUACCCCUUCGAGAACCCGGAGAGGCCCACGCUUCCUCGGCCACUCUGAUUGUGGAAACGGACGCGUUCACGCUCAACUACACCAUCGCCUUCCGAGAUCUGGGAGCGGCGGACUUCUGGUUUGGUCCCUCCUUGUCGAGGAGACGAAUUGUGCGGCAGAGAGCCCACUUUAUCCAAGUACACCCGAGGCCACCCAAGCUGGAGAUCAAGCUGGCACAGCCCCUGGACCAGUUCUACGCGAAUGAGCCCAUGGAUUUGGUCUUGGACGUGGUCAACGCUGAAGAUGCAGAGGCGAUCGCCAAGCUGGAAGUCCAUGUCUUUGGCGAACAUAUCCCGCCCUUCCGAGUCCACAUUGAGAACGAAGAGGAGCACAGCGCGGAAGCUGGCAAAGAGGAAGCCAAGCUUACAGGUCUCUCACUCGGCACGCUGGCGACGUCGCAAACGACCCGCGUCAAGAUCAGUCUGGAUCCAGUACAGUUGACGACCUCGUACGACGUGACGCUGAGAGUCUUCUACCAUCUCGCCACGGACCCGGCGACCUUGAUCAUGCAGAUUAUGCCCGUCCAGCUUACCGUCGUCAACCCCUUUGAAGCCAACUACGAUCUCAUCCCCCGCCUCCAUCCCGACCCCUGGCCAAGCUUGUUUGACCACGAGGGCGUGCAGGAUCCCUCUACAGACGAAGCCGCAUUGCAGCCCUGCGGACUGGCGCAGAAGUGGUGCCUGGUGUGCCACUUUGCCUCGUUCGCGACGGAGGACCUGGAAAUUGUCGGCAUGGACGCCGAGGUGGUUGCGUGCCAUAACCGCGCACGAUGCACCACGGCAAGCCGACCGGAGAUUCCAGAAGGAGGCCUUCGCAUCCCGCCGAAGCAGAUGCAGGAGGCGCAGUUCAACUUGGUGGCGCAGAAGUUCAGCCUCGACGACAAGGGGCCGGCGUCUCUUGACUUGGCUUUUGUGCUCAGGUGGAGGCGGACAAAGUCUUCGACGGCGGCCGUCAACACGACCAGAAUGCUCGUCCCGCGAUACAUCGUACUGGGCACCGAGCCCCGCGUCCUCGCGUCGUAUUCCCUCGCUAACCCGCUGACGGGCCUGAUCCACCUAGACAUCACCAUUGAGAACCCGUCAAGCCACUUCUUGACGUUUGGCCUGAGCAUGGAGCCGAGCGACGAGUUCGCGUUCUCCGGCUCCAAGCAGACGACGCUCCACGUGCUGCCGGUCUCCAGGAGGACCGUCACAUACCGGUUGCUGCCCCUCGUGAGAGGCGACUACAUCCGGCCCACGCUCGUGGUGAGGGAUAAGUACUUCCAGAAGGUGCUGAGGAUCAUCCCGACGGAGGGCAUGAAGAUCGACAAGGAAGGCCUGCUGGUGUGGAUCCCGCCGGAGGAGAGCGAGAAGGAGCAAGAGGGGCGAGACGAUAGCUAG